GCCAAAGUAUGGAAGUGGCGUCCGAGAUCCCCAAGGACCAAGCCAAGUAACUGUUCCUACAAUAUAGGAUCCGCUCAGCGUAUAUCUCCUAUAUAAGAUCAUUCUCCUGAUUGACCCAUCAAGGAUGGAUAGGGAUGGGGACAAGAUGGCAGAGAGUAUAAUAAAUCUCACCCUAGAGAUCCUCCUCCGGCUUACUGGAGAGGAAUACACAGCAGUGAAGAAGACCUCUAGUGAGCAUUGUCAGGCCCCGGUAUCUGAAGGACGGGGAGGAAUCCUGAGCCCAAUAUCCAGGCCGACACCUCACAUCCCGAUACAUGAGAAAGUCAACAGAGAGAAGAUCCUAGAGCUCACCAACAAGAUUAUUGAGCUGCUGACUGGAGAGGUUCCUUUAAGGUGUCAGGAUGUCGCCGUCUAUUUAUCCAUGGAGGAGUCUGAGUAUUUAGAAGGACACAAAGAUCUGUACAAGCAUGUCAUGAUGGAGGAUCACCAGCCCUUCACAUCAUCAGUUAAAGAAGAGAGAACAACGCUGGAAAGAUGUCCUAGUCCUCUUCUUCCACAGGAUGAUUCAGAAGAACACCAAAACGUCCAAUAUGAUGAUCAGAUAGAUGGAAAUAAGCUUUUAAAUCUGGGUAAAAAUCGGAACAAUAUUAAGGCUGAAGAUGCAUAUUUGAGGGGCGAUGAGCAGAUGAUAGAGGACAUUCCCACCGAUAACCACCCAGAUAUGUGUACCAGGAGCUCAGAGAAACAUGUGAUUUCAUCAGAUUUUAAAACAGAUGAAUGUGGUGUUGUAGAAGAUACACAUGAAGAGCAUGCCAUUAUCCCAGAUGGAUCCUCAGCCUUUAACACAAAAGAUCUAUCAUCUGAUCCUUUGGAUGGAUUUCAAUCUUCUGAUUUAUCACAGACUGUUGAGCAAAAUAAAAGUCACAGAAGAAGUGUUCAUCAUCAAAGUACUCACCCAGGAAAGAAGACCUUUUCAUGCUCGGAAUGUGGAAAAUGUUUUAACCGUAAAUCACAUCUUAUUGCACAUCAGACAAUUCACACAGGGGAGAAGCCAUUUUCAUGCUUAGAAUGUGGGAGAUGUUUUAACUAUAAAUCAACUCUCGUUAAACAUCAGAGAAUUCACAUAGGGGAGAAGCCAUAUUCAUGUUCAGAAUGUGAAAAAUGUUUUAAACAGAAAUCAGCUCUUGUUAAACAUGAGAUAAUUCACACAGGGGAGAAACCAUUUUCGUGCUCAGAAUGUGGGAAACGAUUUAAUUAUAAAUCACAUCUUGUUAUACAUGAGAGAAUUCACACAGGGUUGAAGCCAUUUUCAUGCUCAGAAUGUGAAAAACAUUUUAACUAUAAAUCACAUCUUGUUAUACAUCAGAAAAUUCACACAGGGGAGCAGCCAUAUUCAUGCUCAGAAUGUGAAAAACGUUUUAACCAUAAAUCACAACUUGUUAGACAUGAGAGAAUUCACACAGGGGAGAAGCCAUUUUCAUGUUCAACAUGUGAAAAAUGUUUUAGCCAUAAAUCACAGCUUGUUAUACAUGAGAGAAUUCACACAGGGGUGAAGCCAUAUUCAUGUUCAGAAUGUGGAAAUAGUUUUAGCCGUAAAUUAUAUCUUGUUAUGCAUGAGAGAAGUCACACAGGGGAGAAGCCAUUUUCAUGCUCAGAAUGUGAAAAAUGUUUUAGCCGUAAAUCACAACUUGUUAUACAUGAGAGAAUUCACACAGGGGAGAAGCCAUUUUCAUGCUCAGAAUGUGGGAAAUGUUUUAAUCAGAAAUCAUAUCUUGUUAGACAUCAGAGAAUUCACACAGGGAAGAAGCCAUAUUCAUGUUCAGAAUGUGAAAAAUGUUUUAAACAUAAAUCAGAUCUAGUUCAACAUGAGAGAAUUCACACAGGGCAGAAACCAUUUUCAUGCUCAGAAUGUGAGAAACGUUUUAACCAUAAAUCACAUCUUGUUAUACAUGAGAGAAUUCACACAGGGUUGAAGCCAUUUUCAUGCUCAGAAUGUGGGAGAUUUUUCAACUAUAAAUUGGAUCUGGUUAAACAUCAGACAAUUCACUCAGUGGAGAAGCCAUUUACAUGUUCAAUAUGUGAAAAACAGUUUAACAAAAAAUCUGAUCUUGUUAAACAUGACAGAAUUCACACAGGAGUCAAGCGAUUUUCAUGCUCAGAAUGUAAAAAAGGUUUUAACUAUAAAUCACAUCUUGUUAUACAUCAGAAAAUUCACACUGGGAAGCAGCCAUAUUCAUGCUCAGAAUGUGAAAAACGUUUUAACCAUAAAUCAGAACUUGUUAGACAUGAGAGAAUUCACACAGGGGAGAAGCCAUUUUCAUGCUCAGAAUGUGAAAAAUGUUUUAGCCAUAAAUCACAGCUUGUUGUACAUGAGAGAAUUCACACAGGGGAGAAGCCAUAUUCAUGUUCAGAAUGUGGAAAUAGUUUUAGCCGUAAAUUACAUCUUGUUAUGCAUGAGAGAAGUCACACAGGGGAGAAGCCUUUUUCAUGCUCAACUUGUGAAAAAUGUUUUAGCCGUAAAUCACAACUUGUUAUACAUGAGAGAAUUCACACAGGGGAGAAGCCAUUUUCAUGCUCAGAAUGUGAGAAAUGUUUUAAUCAGAAAUCAUAUCUUGUUAGACAUCAGAGAAUUCACAGAGGG